AUGCAAGUUCCACAAGCAAUUGCUAAGAAAAUAGUUUCCAAGAUUCACCAAACUCUAUCAAUCGAUCAAGUCCAAUCCUCUCCAGUUGUUUCUACUCCAGCUGAACCCGCUCAAUCUCCCGUUUUAGCUGAUCCUGCAGUCCAAUCACCUGCAGUUGUCGAACCCGCUCAAGCUCCAGUUCUCACACCUUUGACUGAACCUCAAGAACUUGCCUCAGAAUCUUCCUCUGAAUUAGCCCAAUCUCCCGUUUUAGAAGUAUCUUCCACCACCACAACCACAACCACCACUACCACAACUACUCCUGCACCAACCACUCUCAGUACCACCACUUCAACCGCCGCCCAAAGAGUUGCACCAUCCAAGACUUAUGUUGCCCCCACAAAGACCCAUUCAGUUGUUCAAACCCAAGUCGUCAAAGAGGAAGCAGUUAAAACCCCAACCAAAACUUCAAUUAAAUCUCCAUCGAAAACAUCAGCACCCAAAUCGGUUCCCACUAAGACCUCAAACUAUUCAACCAAACAAGUAGUUCAAUCGCCCUCUCGAUAUGUCAGUCCAGUUAAAACCGCUCGAGGUUUCGCUCAGACCAACUAUUAA